CGGCCCAAUGACCAAUCAGGAGCCGCGGACGGAGUGACGCAAGCCUUGUUUACGCUCAGCCCUUCGCUCACUAGGAAAUUACGCUCGGCCCUUGUACACUCUCGUAUUUACGCUUUUAUCCUCCACUGACUCAAAUAUACGGCUAUCUCGUGAGUCAUAUUAACACACGUUGCUGACUCUCAUGUGAAGGGGCUAAUCACACUCAUUCGUGGCCACUUGACACGAUGAAGUUUCCUUUAGGAUUAUUCAAUGUAGUUUGGAGCACACUUUACUGGUGGUUUCGGCCCCUGGUGAAGUGGGUCCUGAGACGCACCACCAGACUAUGUGAAUUGCAACGAAUUUGCUAUGGGGAGUGGAAGGGCGCACAGAGGACUAAUGGUGUCGAAUUUUCCCUUAAUCAUAGCCGUUCGGUGGAUAUCCAGAAAUGUAUGAAGUACAUGGAGAACAAGUGCAUUGAGCGCACGCUUAAGCCAGACCUCAUCUACUACGCCGUGUUCGCCAUCGUGCGCAUCAAGAAAAUCAACACAAAAGUCCACAAAAAGUUUUCAGACAUUCUCUGCGAGUGCCUCACACAGAUCUGGGGAUAUCGACAGCUGUUGGCGGAGAUCGAGGCCAUCCGUCAAGAGGCCUACAACAUCGAGAAUGCAGGACAUGAGGCCAUGCUGAUGAGACUAUGGGUGGCCCUCAUGCCAGGCAUGCCUCUAGAGGCAAGAAUAACAAAGCAGUGGCAGAUGAUAGGGUUCCAGGGCGAUGACCCGCGGACAGACUUCAGAGGCAUGGGCUUGCUGGGCCUGGAAAAUCUCCU